AUCCAAUUCUUCUAGAGAAUGUGGGCCGGGCAAUUUCAACCAAUUACAUUUCAGAAAAACUUGGAAGUUGAUAAUUUAGAUGAAAGGUCCCAUAGACAAACUGCCGAAUUUUUGUUAACUGAAAACGGAGUGGAACGCUUACACUUCAAUUAUCUUUUUAUUUGUGAUAAUUGCACAGAGAUGAAAUUGUCUAGUGAAAUACAACCCAGCUCGUUCAACAAUGACCAAGCAAAUAAUAUCAAUAGGGAGAAGUAUAUAGAAGACCUCGAGAUUGCAGGCCAGUCAGAAUAUCCGGAGGGAGAAACGGAGUUCCAAUAUGAAACGGAGAAGCAAUCUGCAGGAGAGAACUUGGAAGAUGUUUUUGAACCACCAAGGAGAACUCACUGGGUGAUGACCACAUUUUUAAUGAUUAGUUAUCUGAUCGGAGUAGGAGUACUUUCAUUACCUUCUGCCUUCGUCUCUCUUGGUUGGGUACCAGGAGUGUUGCUGUUGACCGGUAUCGUUUUUAUUACUACAGUUACAGGCUUAUAUAUGUGGAAGUUACAUUUGAAAUAUCCACAUAUUCGGAAUUAUGCAGCCAUGUACUAUCAUUUCUUUGGACGAACUGGUCAAAUAGUUGGUGGUACUCUGACUUAUCUCAUGUUUUUUGGCAUUAUGACUGCAGAUUUCCUUACUGCAGCACUUUCAUGGAAGAGUCUCUUUCAAGGGCAUCAUGUUUGUGUCACCGUGUGGUUCGUUAUACCUUUUGUCGUUGCGUUAGUAAUUGGGCAACUACGAAGUCUGCAUGGUAUCUCCUGGGUUGCAUUUGUAGGAGCACUUUGUAUUUUUCUUCCUAUUGUGAUGACUUGUAGUAAAGUUCCCGAACUUUCAAAAGGUGCACACGCUUAUACAACUAUUGCAGGGAAUAGUUUUGUCAAUGGCGUAGUUGCUAUGACUGAUAUUGUAUUUGCAUUUGCUGGUCAUUUGAUUUUUUAUGAAUUUAUGGCAGAAAUGAAGAAUGUGCAUGAUUUUCCAAAGUCACUGCUUGUUUCGCAGUUGGUUGGCUUCGUGUUUUGCAUGUUUACGGCUGCAUUUGUUUACGUUUACUUGGGUAAUACACCUAUUUUAAAGAGUCCAGUAACUCUGAGUCUCCCUCAUGAUAGAUUGCGUGAUGCUAUCAACGUUAUCUUAAUUAUCCAUGUAACAGCUCCAAGUGUAAUGGGCGGAAAUGUUUUAACUCGAGCUGUGCAACGUUGGUUACAAUGUUGGGGUCGACGAAGAUUUGAAGAUACUUCUCUGUCACAAAGGAUUUCAUUCUUCUUCUGGUCUCUAUUGGUUUAUGGCUCUGGUUUCCUUGUUGCUUGCGCCAUACCGUUCUUCAAUGAACUGAUUGGACUUCUUGCUGCCUUGAUUGGUUCUAGUAAUAGCUUCGGUAUGCCUGCUAUUAUGUAUUUGAUUCAGUUCCAUAAGAGUACUAGCUGGUGGAAUUGGAUAUUAGCAUUAUCUUGCAUUGGCAUAGGAUACGCACUACUUGGGAUAGGUAGCUAUGCGGGAGUCUAUACAAUAAUACAAGCAGUUGGAAAUCACGGAACUCCGUUCUCUUGUGAUAGAGUUAUCUAAAAGAAUGGGCAAUUUGUGAAUUUUCUGUGUGAAAUAAAUUGUUGAAUGAAACG